UCCCUCCCGCCCCUGUCAUUAUCGUGCUAUCAGGUACAGUAUUCUGCCAGCAGAGCUCCUUUUUUUCGCGUUGUUAAACUGUAUUUCCCCGGCUGUCAGUAGACCCUGCCCUCUCUAUUUAUCACUCCAUUGACGUGUUGUUAGCAAAUGGGAGCAGAAGGGCUGAUCUCUCACUGAAGAGGUCAUACUGGCUUCGGCUGCCACUUGUUGCCAAAACCUUCGGGGCUUCGGGAUACAUCGAAUUGCUGUCUUUUUUUUUUUUAAACAAUUAUUUAGCAGCUGGCGGAAGCGCGCUUUCAAUGUACAGAGAAGAAUACACCUUCAUGUGAUAUUUGUUGGCCAGAGGGACGUACUUGUAUUAUUUAAUAGUGCAUUGCAGCCCACCGGGAAACAAGUAUGGUUGAUAACACCACUAUAGCAACAAAAUCUGCUUUGCAAACCGCUUUCUCCUCUGCAAAUUCUCUGCCCCUCCUGGGGUCGACGGCCCCCUCUCACAGUCACUUCUCCGGCUCACAGGCUCACCCAGUCGGCGGUGGGAUGAAAUUAGAAGCGGUUAUGGAGAACCUCCAGCGGCAGCAGGCGGCACGACUGGCGCUGGAAGAGAAGCUACGGCAGGCGGAGAAACAGAAGGAGAUCCGAUCUAUGGUAGAGACGCAGAUCCAGCAGCAAGCCUUGGCUUUAAGGCAUUACCACGAGUCCGUCCGAGGUUCCUUCGCUCCGAGAGGGACGGAGAGCAGUCCAGGGGCUAGUGCACCAGACCGGCAGCAAAUCCGCCCAGCGCCACCGAGGCAGAUUGAUCCGGACGAGUCAGAUAUGGACGACGAAGCCGAAGGGGACCACGAAGACGACGAAAGGGACCUGGACGAGGACGACUUAGAUGACGAAGGGGCAAUGGACGAGGACGUGGAAGGAGAUAUGCCACAUUUUCGACCCCGCCACCCCGGACAAGGUGGAGCGGGUCAGUCUCCGAAGGGUUCCUCCGUGCAUGUGCUGCCUAGAGUCGGACAGCCACAGUAUUGCGCCCCGGGACAGUCGCCUUCUCCAAGCGGCACAGCACAGCAAGGACAAUCGCAGCACCACGAGUGGACUUAUGAGGAGCAGUUCAAACAGUUAUAUGAAUUAGAUGAUGAUCCGAAGAGGAAAGAAUUUCUGGAUGAUCUUUUCAGUUUUAUGCAGAAACGAGGGACUCCAGUGAAUCGGAUUCCUAUCAUGGCGAAGCAGGUGUUAGAUCUCUAUACUCUCUACAAGCUUGUCACAGAAAAAGGCGGCUUAGUGGAGGUCAUCAAUAAGAAGAUAUGGCGCGAGAUCACCAAAGGCCUCAACCUCCCUACCUCCAUCACUAGUGCAGCUUUCACACUGAGAACACAAUACAUGAAGUAUCUGUAUCCCUAUGAAUGUGAAAAGCGGGGGCUUAGCUCCCCAGGAGAGCUCCAGGCAGCUAUUGACAGUAAUCGUCGAGAGGGACGCAGACAGAGUUACGGCUCAUCUCUCUUCAGUUACUCCCCUGUCGGGACGCCCAAUGUUCUGUCUUCACCAAAGAUUCAAAUGCCAACUAUUGCAAUGUCUACUCCUAAUGGUGGCCACAUCAGCCAAGCAGCUACAAUCAAAAAAGAAGAGUCAAUGCACUCCAGCGGCAUUCCCAACAGGAUUGCUAUUCCGGUGUCUCUGGCUGGGCACCACAUGGCAGCUGCCCAAGCGGCGGCGGCUCAGGCGGCGGCCCAGGCAGCGGCCCUCGAACAGUUGCGGGAAAAGUUGGAAGCCGGCGAGCCUCCCGAGAAGAAGAUGAUGCUCAUGGCGGAGGAACAGCAGCGGCUAAUGCAACAUGCUCUGCAGCAGAACCUUUUUGCAAUGGCAACACAACUCCCGAUGAAUAUUAAGAUCAACAACCGAGAUGACAGACAAGAGACUGCAUUGAACCUGUCUACCAACGGCAUUAGCAGCAUCAACAUGUCAAUAGAAAUAAAUGGAGUUGUCUACACAGGAGUUCUUUUUGCUCGAAAACCAGCCAUUCCAGUAAUGCCAGGUAGCAAUGGCAGCAGUAUCAGCAGUUCUCAGGGAAAAUCAAGUCCGGGUCUGGCAGCACAAAACCAGCCAUCCUCUUCCUCAACUCUUGGACAGACCUCAAGCAGCUCCUCACCCUGAUCUUCCUCUUGCCACAAGAACAUUAUCUAAAACCAUACUUCAGUCUAACAAUCCCUAAGAAAAGACUAAUGUGGUUACAAAGGUGGCUUUUUCUUUCCUAGUCGAUUUUGAAAAGGAAUCAUGGAAAAGUUAAACAAAACAAAAAAAAGAAAAAUCAUAAUAAAAAAAAACAAAAGUAAACGAAUCAGCACAUUUCAUUUUCAGCGAGACCUCAUCGGCGUCGGUGAAGAAGCCCACAGCAGAAAUCUGAAAGGAGUGACCUGAAGACGCAUGCGUACCGCAGGCUGGGUGACGUCAGAGCCACCUGACAACACAUUUAAGAACUGACAAAAACAAAAACUUGAAGAAUUCUGGGCCAGGUGGACGUGUGACGCUGGUCUGGUCGGACUUCACGUUGUGUUCUUCUUUUUCUUUACUUUGGCUCGCGGGGGAGGAGGGUGGGGGGGGUUUUACAAACCAAGCUUCUCGUAACUUGUGUGUCUCUUUCGGUGGUGGCUGACGGAUGCUCUAAUCGCGGUCCUCGGGGUGGGCACACAUUUGUCACGUGACAUGCGGUGUCUUUUUUUUUUUCUUUUUUUUUUUUUUCGCGUAUGCAGUCGAAUGAACGUUCUGAGCUUCUACCAAAGAUGAAUUGACAUAAAGCGAGGGGCCGCGUGCUGCCAGUGAAUGUAAGAGCCGAGCCGCACUCGUGCACACACACACACACACACACACGUCCAGGAGGGUCUCACUUGGCCGUACUGCAGGUACUGCGAUUAGGUGGGAGAUCUGCCUGGUGGGCGCCAAGUCUGACAAAAGACCUCCAAUUAGAGGAAACACCACAAAGUCGCUGAGGUCAAAGGAGUUUCGUUUCUCUUAUUUUUUACGCUUUCUUUUGCCUCGUAGGAAAUUAACAGCCAAAGUGUAUUGUGUAUUUAUUAUUU